GAGGAUUUUUAUUUGUCUAGAAGACUGUUUGGUAAAGGCCCAUAGGAUUGGAAUACCUGAGUUCCAACUUCCACCACAGCGCCACCACGUACCGACGGAAUCGAUUAGGAAAGAGAGUCUAGUUUGCAUCUGCAACAAGUGUGUUCCAACCUUGUUUAAUCACACACACUAACCUCUCAUUAUUGAACCCCAAACUGAUCUCACUUGUGAGUUUAUAGUGAUAAAGGAGUCUAAAAAGAGUUGCUACCAUUAUACUUCCUCUAUAGUUUGUGGGAGAAACUUGAAUCAUGGCGAAUGAAAUAGAAGGAUUGAGUUUUGAGCAGAAACAUGGAAAAAGUAGAGUUAGGGUUGGUAAAAUAUGGAGAAAAGAAGAUGGAAGUCAUUUCUUUGUAGAAUGGAAUGUUAAUAUAAGUCUCCUUUCUGAUUGUUUACCUGCAUAUGUUCGUGAUGAUAAUUCUGAUAUCGUUGCUACUGAUACUAUGAAAAACACUGUAUAUGCCAAAGCGAAGGAGUGUUCUGAAGUUCUUUCGGUGGAGGAAUUUGCAAUUGAACUUGGAAAGCACUUCACAACUUUGUAUCCCCAGGUUACAACUGCUAUAAUCAAUAUAGUCGAAAAGCCAUGGGAACGCGUAUCUGUAGGUGGUCAACCACAUCAACAUGGUUUUAAACUUGGGUCUGAGAAACAUACAGCAGAAGCAAUAGUGAAAAAGUCAGGUGCCGUAAGGUUGACUUCUGGAGUUGAAGGACUAGCUGUGCUGAAAACAACCCAGUCAGGCUUUGAGGGAUUUGUUAGAGAUAAGUACACUGCUCUGCCAGAAACAAGAGAGAGGAUGUUGGCCACAGAAGUUAGUGCUUCAUGGAAGUAUGUGUUUGAAUCACUUCCGAACAUUCCCGUGAAGUCGCCUUACUUCACAGAGAAGUACUUGGAUGUGAAGAAAGUUAUGCUUGAGACCUUCUUUGGACCCCCAAAGGAGGGUGUGUACAGUGCGUCUGUCCAGAGCACACUUUAUCAGAUGGCCAGGGCUGUUCUCAGCAGGUUCCCAGAUGUAGCAUCAAUUCAAUUGAGAAUGCCAAAUCUUCAUUUCUUACCAGUUAAUCUACCAAACAAGGACAGCCCUACCAUUGUCAAGUUCAACGACGAUGUUUUCACACCAACUGAUGAACCACAUGGAACAAUUGAGGCUAGCUUGAGCCGCUCCUGGUCAAGGAUGUAGAAGCUGGAACUUAAGUGGUGUGUUACAGUACAUAGAUCCUGUUGUUGUUGUUGUUGUUCAUACAAUCUUUUCAUCUGUGAAUUUGGACACUUUCAUCACUAUAUAUAUGGGGACGUCUUUGUAGAGACUUCCCAUGGAAGUCUAGAAACUUAAAAUGUUUGAAUACAUGGGUAACAGAAUACUGUACUAAAUAAUGUUUAUAUAUUUUUCCAGUAAUGGCUAUGUCAGACAAUAAUGUUUGUAUUGGAGAAAAUGAUGGUUCGAAUGCAGCACGGUUGCUAUAAAAACACAAUAAGU